ACCCUCCUCCUCUUUCUGCAGCCAUCGACGAAACUUCAAAGCCGACUUCACAGCGUACAAACGUCGGAUUUUAAAUGCUUUCUACACCGGAUGAUGCUGUGAAGGGAGGCAUGUGAAAGUUACAGCGCCUGAUACAUUUUACCGGGACGAUGAGCUCCGGUUUGUAGCCAAAGGUAGACCACUCCAGCUUCUCGGUUCAUCUGCUUGUUGAAGUGUGACUGUUGAUUUAAUCAUGGCUCGCGGCUGCAUCUGCUGUGUUAAAUACAUGCUCUUCCUCUUCAACCUGCUCUUUUGGCUGGGCGGGUGCGGGCUGCUCGGUGUCGGCGUGUGGCUGUCGGUUUCCCAGGGUAGCUUUGCCACGCUGUCGCCCUCGUUCCCGUCGCUCUCCGCCGCCAACCUCAUCAUCACCCUCGGCACCGUUGUCAUGGUGACGGGAUUCCUGGGUUGCCUGGGUGCAAUCAAGGAGAACAAGUGCCUGCUGCUGAGCUUUUUCAUCGUUCUGUUGAUCAUCCUGUUGGCCGAACUGAUCCUCCUCAUCCUGUUCUUUGUCUACACCGACAAGGUGAAUGAAAAUGCCAGACGGGACCUGAAAGAAGGGCUGGUGCUCUACAACACGGAAAACAACGCUGGACUGAAGAAUGCAUGGAACACCAUACAGGGAGAGUGGCGGUGUUGUGGAGUCAUGAACCAUAAUGACUGGUACACUGCCCUGCAAGUCAACGUGGUUCCUGACCGCUGCUGCCAGCAGAUUUACGAGGGCUGCGGACGCAACGCCUCCAACGUCUUCUGGACACGGGGUUGCUAUGAGAAAGUAGAGGAGUGGCUGGAUGACAAUAAACACGUCCUGGGAACCAUCGCCAUGUGUGUGUUGGUCAUUCAGCUCCUUGGUAUGGCUUUCUCCAUGACGCUUUACCAACAGAUCCACCGAGGAGGGAAGAAAUACGAAGCUUGACGGAAUUCAGCCGCUCAUUUAAUACACUCAACCUUUAGAUACAUAAAAUGUAUCUUCUUUUUUUUUGCUCA